AUGGGCGCCGGGGCUCUGCAGGCCGCCGGGCUGCUCGCCGGGGGCGUCGGCACGGUGGGGACGUUCACCGUCACGGCCAUGCCCCAGUGGAGGGUGUCUGCCUUCAUCGAGCACAACAUCGUCGUGUUCGAGACCAUCUGGGAGGGGCUGUGGAUGCACUGCGUCAGGCAAGCCAACAUCAGGAUGCAGUGCAAGGCCUACGACUCGGUGCUGGCUCUCUCGCCGGACCUGCAGGCGUCCCGGGGGCUGAUGUGUGCCGGCUCGGGGCUGUCCCUCCUCGCCCUCGUGCUGGCCACGGUCGGGAUGAGGUGCACGCGGUGCCCACAGAGGCCCUGGCAAGCCAAAGGUUGCAUCCUGUUGGCUGCUGGGCUCCUCUUCGUCCUCUCGGGCCUCGUCGAGCUCGUCCCGCUCUGCUGGGUCGCCAACUCCAUCAUCAGCGACUUCUACAACCCGCUGGUCAAUGUUGCUCAGAAGAGGGAGCUUGGAGAGGCCCUGUACCUGGGCUGGGCGGCCUCCUUCUGCCUCGUGGCCGCUGGGUCCGUGUUCUGCUGCUCUUCCCGCUGCUCUGAGAACCCCGGGAGCUACAGAUACUCACCCCCACCUCACCCACCGCCUCACGGGCAGCGCCCGCACAGCAGGACCGAGGGAUCCUACUCCAAAAGUCAGUAUGUCUAG